AUGACUCAAACAGCUUCCAAACCUUUUCUGAUUGGUAUUAGUGGAGGAGCCGCUUCAGGAAAAGCAGAGGCAUGCAAGAAGAUAAAGGAUGUCUUAUACAGAAAAGCAAAAGGGAAGAAAGUUGAAGUUCUUUCCUUGUCAUCGUUUUAUCGUGAACUUUCCGAUGAGGAACUCAAAUUAGCCCUAAAUAGUGAGUUUGACUUCGACCAUCCAAAUUCGUUCGACUUCAAAUAUUUGGCUGACGUUUUAAGGAAAAUAAAACAAGGAGAACAUGUGGUCCUUCACAAAUAUGACUGCUCUGCCUAUUCGAGUACCCCGGAUGUUCAGGAGGUCCCAGAUGAUGUAGAUGUUGUCAUCGUAGAAGGAAUAUUAACGUUCUAUCAAAAAGAAACUUUGCAGAAAGUCCUAAGAGAUGUUUCUAUGAAAGGUCGUUGCUUGGAUUCCGUACUCGAUAGUUACUUUAAAUACGUUAAACCGGCGUUUGAGGAGUUUUGUCUUCCCACUAAAAAAUAUGCUGAUGUCAUCCUACCACGCGCACCAGACAAUCAUGUUGGUGUCGAUUUAAUCACCGAACACUUGUUACAACUUGUAAAUGAUUCACCUCUGAUUCAUAAUGUUCAACAUUAUAUACCACGUGCAAGAAACCAAUCAGAAUCUUGUGUAGGUUCUUUCAGACCUCAUUAG